AUGGGGAACAGCCUUCGGUGCUGCCUGGCGUGCAUGCUCCCCUGCGGCGCGCUGGACGUGGUCCGCGUGGUGCACCUCAGCGGGCACGUCGACGAGUUCAGCUGCCCGCUCGCCGCGGGCGACGUCCUCGCCGCGCACCCGAACCACGCGCUCACCGACGCGUGGUCCGCCGGCGCGUCCCGGAAGAUCGUCAUCCUGUCGCCCGACUCCGAGCUCAAGCGCGGCCGCAUCUACUUCCUCAUCCCCCCGCCGCGUGCUCCGCGCCGGCCGCCGCCGAGAUGA